GUAGCUUUCGAUCACUCAAAAAAUUAUAGUCGAGGACGGGAAUCCGACUACGACAUGUCUGAUGGAGAGCCGCAUAGAAAACCGACGUUCAACACCCUAGAACGCGAAAAUAAUUUCAAGCACCCCCCAACCAAAGGAUCGACGUACAACAUCCUCAAUGAUUUCGUCACUCCGCACAUAGAAUCUUUCAACGCCUUGUUCGACGACUCCGGUCUGCCCAGUGGUGACGGUGAUGGCAAGGGCCUAAUAUCGCUCGGUCUUAAAGACAUUGGAGAACGUGUUGUAUUCGAUGGGACAGGAACAGCCGAUCCUGAAACUGGAAAAAUGGGAUGGGGUAACAGAAUGCGAGUCUGGAUUGAAAGUGUCUCAAUCUCCAGACCGCUAGUUCCGGACCGAGCAAGCGGGGUCACAAACAAGCAGGUCUAUCCCUCAGAAGCCCGGGAACGGCUAACAUCAUAUCGUGGUCGCAUGACAAUCAAGCUUUGUUGGACGGAUGUAUACGGUCAGAAACACGAACUCCCGAAGGAGUGUGGGUUAGUGCCCAUCAUGGUUCGCUCUGUUCGAUGUAACCUGCGUUCUAUGUCUUCAGCCGAGCUGGUCAAACAUCACGAAGAACCAGAGGAAUUUGGCGGUUAUUUUGUAAUCAACGGAAACGAACGUCUCAUUCGCUAUCUCAUUUUACCGCGUCGAAACCACGUUAUUUCUCUGCUUCGACCGUCAUUCAGCAACCGCGGAUUGUCGUAUACCGAGUAUGCCGUACAAAUCCGCUGUGUUCGUCCCGACCAGACUAGUAUCACAAACACGCUGCAUUAUCUCUCCAAUGGUAGUGCUAUGCUCAGAUUCAGCUGGCGAAAACAGGAAUAUGUUAUUCCCAUCAUGCUUGUUCUCAAGGCACUUGUUGGUGCGUCCGAUAAAGAGAUCUUCGACGGUGUUAUGAUGCAAGACCACGAAGACACAUUCUUAGCCGGUCGGGUAGAGCUGCUUCUCCGAAGUUUCAAGACCUAUGCCAUGCGUACGAGAGAGCAGUGUCUUGACUAUAUCGGAGACAGGUUCAGAGUGGUCCUUGGACUACCUGACGACGUGACGAACGGUGCUGCAGGUGCUUGGCUCAUCCAGAAAAUGAUACUCGUGCACCUAGACAACCCAAGGGACAAGUUCAGAAUGCUUCUUUUCAUGCUACGCAAACUAUAUGCGUUAGUUUCAUCGUCAUGUUGUGCAGAUAAUCCCGAUUCACCUCAACAUCAAGAAGUUCUUCUUCCUGGUACUCUAUAUGGAAUGAUCAUCAAAGAGCGACUGGAUGAAAUUUUGAACAACAUUCGUAACAACAUUACCGCAGACGUCAAAAAUGGAGUAGUCGUUGGUUUUAGUGAUAAACGAUACUUUGCGAAAGUUUUGUCGCGUGUCAAUUUCGACAUUGGCGCACGUUUGGCUAACUUCCUUGCUACGGGUAAUCUUGUGUCACCGACUGGUCUUGAUCUUCAGCAAGCAUCUGGUUUCACUAUUGUUGCUGAGAAGCUCAACUGGCAGCGCUACAUCAGUCACUUCAGGUGCAUUCACCGUGGAGCGUUCUUCGCCGAGCUCAAGACGACCACUGUACGAAAGCUACUUCCGGAAGCAUGGGGAUUUCUGUGCCCUGUUCACACGCCGGAUGGUUCACCUUGUGGUUUAUUGAACCAUCUUUCCCGAACAUGUCGUAUUGUCACCGCCCCACUUGCCGUUAACCAUAUACCCGCUCUUCUCUCCACCCACGGCAUGACUCUAGCAUUCACGACCUCAAUAAAUGGUCGUAACAAUAUUUGUGUACAACUCGACGGUCGGAUAGUGGGUUGGGCGCGACCUCAUGUAGCGGAGCAACUUGCUAAAAAUCUUCGGAUAUGGAAAACUGAGCAUCAGAAUAACAUCCCGAUGGACCUCGAAAUAGGUCUUGUGCUCGAAUCAAAUGGAGGCCAGUAUCCAGGGCUCUUCUUAUUUUCAUCAAGAUCCCGCAUGAUGCGACCAGUCAAGUACCUAAUGAAUGGGCGUAAUGACCAAGUUGGGUCUUUCGAACAGGUGUACAUGAACAUUGCUUGUACACCCGAGGAAAUUGAGACCGGUAUUUCAACGCAUGUCGAGCAUGACCCAACAAACUUCUUGUCAAUAUUAGCUAACCUUACGCCUUUUUCUGAUUUUAAUCAGAGUCCUCGAAACAUCUAUCAGUGUCAGAUGGGUAAACAAACGAUGGGAACACCUUCUACGGCGCUUCAGCAUCGGACGGACAACAAGCUUUAUCGCCUACAGAGCGGCCAAAGUCCUGUAGUUCGUCCUGUUCUGCAUAACACCUAUGCCAUGGACGCUUUCCCCAACGGCACCAACGCUAUAGUUGCUGUCAUAUCAUAUACUGGGUACGAUAUGGAAGAUGCUAUGAUUCUCAAUAAAUCUGCGCACGAACGUGGUUUUGCUUAUGGCACUGUCUACAAGUCCCAGAUUGUCGACCUGAAAGAGGUCCGGGGUGCAUCCAAGUCAUCCGAAGUGACGCUACACUUCGGUGUUGGUCGUGACAUUCGAAUGUAUGGUGACAAUGCGCACAGCUGCGCUGCCUUCCUUAAUUCGGAUGGUCUUCCGUUCGUUGGUUGCAAGUUGUCUCCAGGUGAUCCAAUCGCAGGCUAUAUCGACGAUGUGACAAACCGCACCAAGUUCGUCAAAUACAAAGGCGAUGAAAUAGCCUACGUAGACAAAAUCCGCAUCUUAGGAAAUGACACCGGUGAAUCCGAGGCACAAAAAGUCCAUAUGACUCUGCGCAUAACUCGUGCUCCCGUCAUCGGAGAUAAAUUCUCCUCACGGCAUGGUCAGAAAGGUGUAUGUUCGCAGAAAUGGCCUGCCAUCGAUAUGCCAUUCAGCGAGAGUGGGAUGCAGCCCGAUGUGAUCAUCAACCCUCACGCCUUCCCAAGUCGAAUGACGAUUGGAAUGUUGGUUGAAAGCAUGGCUGGUAAAGCCGGGGCGAUGCAUGGACUCGCACAAGAUGCGACGCCGUUCAGAUUCUCGGAAGAGGACACCGCCAUCGACUAUUUCGGCGAGCAACUCCUUGCAGCCGGAUACAACUACUAUGGAAAUGAGCCCAUGUAUUCCGGAAUAACUGGUCAAGAAUUUGCCGCAGACAUAUACAUUGGGGUCGUGUACUAUCAAAGGCUGCGACACAUGGUUCUUGACAAAUUUCAAGUCCGUACCACUGGUCCUGUCGACCCUCUGACUCGACAGCCUGUGAAGGGACGCAAACGUGCUGGUGGUAUACGUUUUGGAGAAAUGGAACGGGACGCCCUUAUUGCCCACGGCACAUCAUUCCUACUGCAAGACAGAUUGAUGAACUGCUCAGAUUACUCAACAGCAUGGGUCUGUCGAACAUGUGGCAGUUUGAUAUCGUUGGGAUACGAUGAUAUCAGUCUUGGUGAAGUGUCCAUUACGUCCGGUUCGCUAAAACCCACAGGACCUGGCGGGGAAUAUUGUAGAGUCUGUCGCGUAGCCGCAGAAAAGGAGGAACAACGAGAGCGGCAGGCACUUGCCACUGGACGCAAGCCCCAAAGACCGCAGACUGACGUUAGGGUCUCCAUCCCGUCACAAAAUGUGCUCAAUCGAACCAUGAAGGGCGGAGAUUUGGACGUUGUGGCGGUUCCAUAUGUGUUCAGGUAUCUAUGCGCCGAGCUAGCCUCAAUGGGUAUCGCUGUGGCACUUGACGUUGCAUAAAAUUACAUUCAAUAUUGUACUAAUCAUGACCCACACAUUUUCUUGUUAUCUUGCUCGGUGGUUACCAUCCUUGCACACCUUAGAUCAGUAGGAUUCCGCAUUAUAUACACCAAAAGGAUAUAGCAUAAUAUAAAUGAAUGAGGAUAUAAGCAG